UCGCCAGAGGGCGAAGCGAGUCGCUCUGGAGCGAAACCGGAAGAUGCUGGCACGUCGCGGAGGAAAAAACAGAAAAUGGUUUCCGAUCAGAAGCAGAUAAGCGAUAAAUUGAGCGAAUGGGAGAAAGACAAUGAUCCUCUGGCCCCUCUUUCCGAAAAACAGCUGGAAAGCGUGGAAAAAUUGAAGUUGCGAGCCGGCGAAAGACCGUAUCCGCCCUCGCUCGCACAGAAUUCCGAAAAUUCCAUAUUUGUAAGUCUAGAAGCAGAAAAAAGCGAUAAAGAUGUUUCCGAAAGUUUUAACGAAUUGCAGAUCGUUCAGAAGAAAAUAGAAACUCCACAACAGUAUUUAUCAUGGUACUCGGAAGUAGAAGAUAUGAUGAUAAAAGAUGAUGAUAAUUUUUACAGAUUAUAUUUAGAAGAAUACAAGAAGCAUUCAUCUCAAUGCUCUUCUCUAAUUAAUGAGGUAACAACUGCCCUCAAUCAGUUGGAAAAUCUGCAACAAAAAUAUCUACACGUCUCUAACAAGACUAAUAAUCUACACGAAGCGUGCGAGCAUCUUUUAGAAGAACAGACGAAACUAGUAAACUCCUCCGAGACAAUUUCCGAACGAUUGCGAUAUUUUAAUGAAUUGGAUUCAAUAUCUCAGAAACUUUCAUCUCCAACUUUAACAGUUCUCAGUGAAUCGUUUGUUCCUAUAUUGUCGAGACUGGAUGAAUGCAUUGCUUAUUUAGAAACUAAUCAACAUUAUAAAGAAACUAACACAUAUCUAAGUCAGUUCAAGCAUUUGUUAUCGCAAGCUCUUUCAAUGAUACGAUCUUAUGUUGUGGCAACUCUACAGCAAACGACUCAACAAGUAAUUCCUAAAAGGGACAGUCUGAGUCCUUAUGAUAAUGCAUUUACUUUAUUUUAUGGAAAAUUUCGAACGCACGCUCCCAGAAUACACACGCUUAUGGAACAGAUAGAAGAAAGAGUAGACAAAUGUGUAGAAUAUCAACAACUUUUAGCAGAUUGUCAUCAGUGCUAUUUCACUCAGAGAGACCUCUUGAUAGGUCCAAGUGUAUCGGCUGCUAUUUCGGAACUGGCAAAUAAUCACCAAAGAGAUCAUUGCUCGCUAGUCAGAAGUGGAUGUGCUUUUCUUGUUCACGUUUGUGAAGAUGAAUAUCACUUAUUCCAACAGUUUUUCUCUCAACCAACUAACAAUCUAAAAAAAUUCUUGGAUAGAUUGUGCUAUCGUCUAUAUGAUAUAUUAAGACCAAUUAUCAUUCAUAUCAAUCAUUUAGAAACAUUAGCAGAACUUUGCAGUAUUCUUAAGGUUGAAAUGUUAGAAGAACAUGUUCAGUCUGAAUCCAUAGAAUUACAAGCAUUUGAACAAGUGGCCCAACAGUUGUUAGAAGAUGUCCAAGAAAGAUUGGUAUAUCGCAUUCACAAAUACAUACAGUCGGAUAUUCUUGGUUACGCUCCCGCCGCCGGUGAUCUUGCCUACCCGGAAAAAUUAGAAAUGAUGGAAAGUAUUGCCGAAAGUUUAGUGGCGGGAACGCUAAGUCGUACCAGUUCGAAAAGUUCUCUUGCCUCUAAUUCGUCUUUGACAUUUUCGCCCGCAUUGGCAAAUAGAACGGAAGAAGAAGCAGGUGUAGCAGUUUUGAAAAUAAGUAAUUCGGAACAUGUAAUUAAUCCUAACAAAAGUCAGUUUCAGUCUGAACAACAACUGUUUGCCGGAUCCGAAACGGCGUCUACUUAUAGUAAAUCUAGAAAUAUCUAUUCUCCUGCAGACUUGCAUGGAAUGUGGUAUCCAACCGUUCGGAGAACACUCGUCUGUCUUUCUAAGCUCUAUAGAUGUUUAGAUAAAACAAUUUUUCAAGGAUUAUCUCAAGAAGUUCUAGCAAUGUGUAUUCAAUCUUUAAUUGCAGCUAGCAAUCAAAUCAGCAAAAAUAAGACUCCUCUGGAUGGACAAUUAUUUCAAAUUAAACACUUGCUUAUUUUGAGAGAACAGAUUGCUCCGUUUCAAGUAGAUUUUGCCAUCAAGGAGACUGCAUUGGAUUUCAGUCGCGUCAAAAAUGCCGCUUACAGUCUGUUACAGAAUAAGUCGCGACUUUUCUCACUCAGCACAAAUAAUUCUCUAUUGGAAUUCCUUCUAGAGGGUACUCCCCAAGUCACAGAAAAUUUAAUAGAUUCGAAGAAAGCGGUCGACAACCAGUUGAAAGUCGUUUGUGAAGAAUUCAUAUCGCAUUGCUCAGAAAUAAUUCUCGGUCCUCUCUUAACAUUUAUGGAUAAGGCAAAAGUCAUUAUACAAGUACAGAAAGAGGAAUCAAUUCGUCAGGUCUCACUACCGAAUCAACCGUUUGCAUCACCUGAAAAAUUGGGCGAAGUCGUUGGUCGGGUUUAUAGAGAAAUGAAAUCCUAUUUGCCGAUGCUGAGACGUACCAUGGCCUUAUAUCUCGCCAAUGUGGAUACCGAAUACAUUCUUUUUCGUCCAAUAAAGACAAGGAUCCAAAACACGUUCGAACAGUUAAUACAAUUAAUAAGGACGAAUUACACGGAGGAACAGCAGAUGAUCAUCGCCUAUCCAUCCUUGGAACAAAUUAAUAUUUUGUUAUCAACCAUAAUGCAAAAGUAACAAACAUGCAAAAUUUAAUAAAAAUCUUUUGCAAAAACUUUUACAUUGAGAAAAUAGAAGCGUUAGACAUAAUUAAUGUAUAGUUCCGUUCAUAUAUCGGGAGAAGAUUAAAAUACGUUAUUGCGCGUAUAAGUUUAAAGGCCAGAAUUGUUACUAAGAAACAAUUUUAUAAAGAUAUAUUUUAGAAUUUAUUCAUAGAAAGAAUAUUCAUAUGAAAAUAUAUAUAUGAUUUAGAUUGUUUUAACUGUUUGACCGGUUUUCGGUAAACCAAUCUCAGCUUAUUAAAUUUCACAAAAUAUUCAUCCGAAAUGUAAUCAAAACCGUUUUGAGUUAAUUGGUGCUUUGGAUUCUCUAUUGUAAUUUAUUUUUGAGGUAACAGUUUAAUAA